AUAAAAUGACCUCAAUAGGAGUACAAAAUGAAAAAACUCAAUUAUUGAGUUCAUUAAGAGAUAAUAAUAAAGAGACAGUUGUCUCAUACGAUAGUAUUAUAGCAAAUUCAACGACCGGUGCCGACGGGACUAUAGUUUAUUGCAGUCACGGCAACAAUGAAAAGAUUUGCUGCAAAAAGGAUGGCAUACCUGUUGAACAACCGGUCAAUUGGUCACAUUGUCACUCAAUGGACAGCAGCGUCGAUGCCGGUGUCGAUCGCAGCGCCCGUCGAAAGCUGAUCGUUGCAAGCAUUUUGUGUCUGAUAUUUAUGCUGAUCGAAGUAAUUGGCGGACUAUUGGCCAACAGUUUAGCCAUUGCCACUGAUGCGGCACAUUUGUUGACCGAUUUUGCCAGUUUUAUGAUCAGUUUGUUUUCUCUAUGGGUGGCGACACGUCCGGCCAGCAGUCGUAUGAGCUUUGGCUGGCAUCGGGCCGAAGUUAUCGGUGCACUGACAUCGGUAUUAAUGAUUUGGGUGGUCACUGGUAUACUCUGUUUUAUGGCUGUCCAACGUAUUAUCAGCAAAGAGUAUGAGAUCGAGGCCGACAUUAUGCUUAUUACGGCCGCCAUCGGUGUUAUCGUCAAUAUUAUAAUGGGAGUUUCACUACAAAUAGGAGGCGUACCUCACGGUCAUAGUCACGGUGGUGUUGGUGGUGGUCAUAGUCAUGAUGACCACGACCACCAUCAUCACCACGAAAAAGAUGGUUCACAUGAUGAUGACGAUGUCGAGAAUAGUCACAAGAAACGCCAAAAUAUUAACGUUAGGGCAGCAUUUAUACACGUUAUCGGCGACUUUUUUCAAAGUUUGGGUGUAUUAGUGGCCGCAUUGAUAAUAUAUUUCAAACCCGAGUACGGAAUCGUUGACCCGAUUUGUACGUUCCUAUUCUCGGCACUGGUUUUGAUCACAACAUUCAAUAUAAUUAAAGACGUCCUCAACGUCCUAAUGGAAGGCAAACCCCGUGGCGUCGACUUUCUAGAAGUACAGCGAACCCUAUUCGACAUUCCCGGAGUACUUAAGGUCCAUAAUCUGCGAAUCUGGUCACUCAGUCUCGAUAAGACAGCACUGUCCACACAUCUGGCCAUUGCCAAGGGUCAAAAUCCGACAAAAAUCUUAAGUAUGGCAUCGCAACAGAUUAGGAAACAAUUUAGUAUCUAUGAGCUGACCAUUCAAGUGGAGGAAUACCGGGAAGAGAUGAGCGAUUGUCAACAGUGCCAAACACCUCAAUGUUAAGACAGUAAUUAUACAGUAUAUAUAUAAAAAAAAAUAAUUAUAAUUAAAAAAAAAA